AUGGAGCUGGGCAGCCGAGCCGGGCAAAGCAAGGCGGCGGCGGCAGCGGAGCUCGAGAGGCGGCGGCUGCUGGGAUGGAGGAGGAGGCGGCGGCGGCCGGAGAAGGGCUGCUGCUGCUGCUGCUUCUGCCGCCGGAGGGAAGUUCUGCCAGGCGGCUUCAUGGCUCAUAGCUUCCCCUGGGGUAGGACGGGCGGCCAGCCCGUGUAGCCUGAUAGACCACUGGUCUGAGUCAGCUUAAGGCAGUUAGUUUCCUGUGUUACAUUGAUGGGCCAAUGGUCACAUGGAACAGGUGUGCUUGAAGGUGGGAUCUGAAGACAGGAAAAGAGGUGGUACCAUGUGAAAUGGACACGGGUUUUAUUUUUAAGGACAUUAGAGCCUUUGCUAACUUUUUCAUCACCAUGCAGCGUAAUCAGACUACUCUAAAACCCAGCCUCUGUGAUUCAUAAUGGUGUACUCUAUACUUUGCGUAAAUAGUCAAUAUGAUAAACUUUCUCCUUUAUUUGAAGCAUCACUCUUGUAUCCUCAGCCCCUCUUUAAUCUAUCUCAAUGGAUUUCCGGCUCGUAUAGAUUUGGUCAGUGACAAGGGUUAGAGUAGUCUUGUAGAACAUUUACUUGUAGCUGUGAAAAAGCCCACAUUCAUCAGGGGAUUAAGUCGAUCAGAUUGUCCCAGGGAUCAAUGGGAGGCUUGCGUGAUCCCUCUUAAGGCUCUAAUGCAUUCAACCUUCUUUUGGUGAACAUUCAUACACACACACACAUACACAUUUCUCCGUCUUAAAGCCAUUUAUCUCAGAAUGUCAAAUCGCAAUAAUUAACCAUUAUUGAUCUUAAAUUCAAUUAACUUCAUUAACACAGGUCAUGAUGAGGGUGUUUGCAAGGGAAAGGCAUUGGACAAGUGCCUUUUUCUUCUGUGACAUUGAAGCUCACAAUUGGAACUGUAAAGUGUUCUCUUCACAUAUUGUGCUGAGGACACUUUUUAAAAAAAUAAAAUAAAAAUAGAGGUAGCUGUGGUUGGCAUGAUGGAAACAACAUCUUCAUCCCAUUCCUGGUUGUCUUUAAAAACCUGGUUGCCUCACCUCAAAUAAGGUAUUGCUAAGUUGGGAAAAGGUUCAGAAAGGGGCAACCAAAGUAAUCAAGGGCAUAGGGUGGCUUUUCACCUUAGAGUAAAGGCAAGUAAUAGGGGACUGGGUAGAAGUAUAUAAAAUUAAUAAUAAUAUAUGGUUUAUUGUUGCUGUAUUGUCCAUCAUGGUCAUUUCAACCACAGAACAAAAUAUACAUUAUGCAUCAAUGAUUAAUAAAAUUACACAUGGCAUAGAGAAAGCGGAUAGUCUUUCUCCCACUCUCAUAACAUUCAAUGAAGCUGAACAUAGGAAGAUUCAAUCUAGAUUGAAAGCAGCAUGCUGAGGAUGAGCAUGAACAAUUCCAGAUUUAGAAAAACUUCAUUUUUGCACUGAAAACGGGUUGGUAUGUACACAGCUUCUCUCUCUUGGGAGGUAUGGUCGUCCCUCUUCCUAUUCUGGUUUAGACACAACUUAAAGUAAAUGAUCCUGAAUUCCUGAAAGACUGCCGUCUUCCCUACAGACCUUCUCGGGCACUGGGAUUGGCUGAGGGGGCCCUCUUGGUAGUUAUUCCACCCUCAGAGCCUCAUGGGUAGUGAUGGUGGCUUGGGAGAAGUCCUUCUCUGUGGUGGCCCCUACACUGUGGAACUCCCUCCUCACAGCAACUUCAUUGUACAGCUUUCUGUGAAUGCUGCACCUUUUGACCUUGGCUUUUGACACAUGCCGUAUAUAUUUAUAGGACACAUAUUAUUUUUAUGGCUGCAAGUUGUUUUAAACUGUUUUUAAUAUUGUGUUUAAAUGUUUUAACCCACCCUGGGACCUUUGGAUGAAGAGAAGGAAUAGUAAUAAUAAUAAUAAUAAUAAUAAUAAUAAUAAUAAUAAUAGUUGCAUUGUUUUGUCAUACAGCUGGCAUGUCCAGUUCCUGAGUUCAUAUCGUCCCCUGACUAAUUGGCUUUUUAUCUGUGGAACUAGUUCUUCAUCAUUUUGGAUGCGUGAUAACUUGCUGUAUGUGUCUUUAGAAAAUGGUUUUGCCAGUAUAAUGAAAAGGUGCCCGCCUGCCUAAUGUCAAUUACAUCAAGUGGACAUCCAGUUUGCCUCAUUUAGGUUUUCAAAUACUAUAAAUGAGCAGAAAUUGUGGGGCAAUUGGCUGGGCCGGAGUGGGGUGAUAGUGGACAGAACGUGAAAUUCAUUUAGAAGCAAGAGUCCUGAGACGUUUAAAGAGUCAUUUUGCUGCUUGCCUUUCACAUCUCAGUUCUGCCAUUCCAAACAUGACAGUGAUGAGACAGUCUAGAAGCCUAAUGGUCUGAAUGUCGCUUUCUGAUUUGGAUGGAGGAAACUAAAGUUUCUUCUGAACAUUUUGUGAAGAAUCAUAAUAAUUAAGAGUCAUUAGAGGCAUAUUGAGUGCCCUGAUUCUUGGGUCUGCUUACAUCCUAAUGUUGGCUGUUGGCCUUAUAUCCGUUUCUUUCAGUGGACUGGCAUUUUCCAGAGUGAUUAAAACAUGCCACCCAAAGACAGGCAUGAAAUGGGAAGUGAUGGCAUUUGGUAUUUCUGGAAUCAGUUCAGAAGACAGAUUUGGUGACACAUUUAUCUACUCUUCCUCCUGCUUACUGAAAAACUUGCACCAGGUGGAAUUUUGGGUAGCCCGAGCUGGGUGCAUCUGAUGGGUGGGUCUCCAAAGCAUACCCUUGGGGGUGUGGGUGAAGAAUCACCUGUCACCAAUCUUUUAUUAAAAAACCCCCAAAACCCCCAGAAAUAUUCCUAUUCUAAGAAAUGCUUCUUCUGUAUAUGGAGAUGGUGCUCACUGAAAAGCUUGGUGUUCUUUAGGUUUAUCAAAAAUAUUUACAGUGGUACCUUGGGUUACAUAUGCUUCAGGUUACAACCCAGAAAUAUUACCUCGGGUUAAGAACUUUGCUUCAGGAUGAGAACAGAAAUCAUGCUCCGGCGGAGCGGCAGCAGCCAGAGGCCCCAUUAGCUGAAGUGGUGCUUCAGGUUACGAACAGUUUCAGGUUAAGAACGGACCUCCGGAACAAAUUAAGUACUUAACCUGAGGUACCACUGUAUUAGGUGGGACAAAUCAGUGCUCUAGAGGGGGAGUAAAACCACUGGAACAUAAGAACAGCCUUCUGAAUCAGGCCAAUGGUCCAUCUAGUCUGGCAUUCUGUGCUCACAGUGGCCAACCAGAUGUCCCAAGGGGAACCUGAACACCAGGGCACUCUCCCCUCCUGUGGUUUCCAGCAACUGGUAUUGGAAUCCCUAGUACUUUGACCCCCAAGAAGCAUGUGAUUAUUUAUUAAUUCUUGCCUUCCCCUGGCACAAAAAAAUACUAGCAAUUCCUUCCUACCUUAUCAUUUGUGAAGCAUCUUGAUAAUCUGUUUUCAGCUUAGUAGGCUAGAUCGAUUUGGUAUUUACAGUAAGCCUGCAACUUAUGCACAUUUAACUUGUGUGCAUUCAGGUUUACACGUGUGGCAGAAUUUUAAAAAUAAAAAGUGGGCCAGGGUUCCAGAAAAAUGACUUUGGCAAUCCCACCCACCAUUGAACCCAAUGUGUUUUGACUAUGCCCAAUUUUGGAUUUAGGUGCGAUCCUCAGAACCUAGCAUCCACGUAAGUUGCGGACUUACUGUAUAUCAUUCUGACUCCUUCAUUUCCCUACCAGCCUUCCAAAGUUUGUCUUGGAUUGUGAUAGGCUCAACUUGGCACCAGCAAAUGGGGCCAGCCCAGAACGUUUUGCUCCUUGAGCCACAAUAGCAGAUGGUGCCCAGUCCCUGAAUCAAAGCACUCAAGGCUGAGACAGUUAUGAUGGCACCUGAGAUAGAAAAAUCCCACCACUGCCUCCCACUGGAACUAAAAAUACAACAUUAAAUUAGGCCCCAUCUGCACUAUAAAUUUAAAACAGUAUCAUACCACUUUAAACAGUCGUGAAUCCUGAGAUGCACAGUUUGCUUACGGCACUGAGAGUUGUUAGGAGACCCCUAGUUGCCUCCGAGAUAUAUAAUUCCCAGAGUUCCCUAGGAAGAGAUAUUGAUAGGGGCCUCUUAACAACUCUCAGCACCUUAAAUAGACUGCAGGUCCCAGGACUCCUUGAAGGAAGCUGUGACUCUUUAAAGUGUUAUGUUACUGUUUAAAAUGGUUAGUGCAGAUGGAACCUUUGGUAACAAUUUUCAUGACAUUUCUAUACAGCUUCCUCAUUCUGCCUAAUGGUAGGACUGGUCCUCAUAGUGUAGGAUAAGGGAGGAAUGGAAGAAGGCUGAAUAUUUCUUUCUCAGUAAUUUUUUAUUUUCCCCUGUUCCUGCUUUCCUCUCAGCUUAGAAAAAGUUUAGAAGCUAUAGUCUGAUAUCCCUAUAGAGCACAGCUAACAUAUAAAAAUGAGGUUUUGUGCAGUGGUAGUUUUUAAUGUGCCAUAUUUUCCAGAGACAGAGGCCCCCUGAAAACCUAGCCAAAUAUUCUUCUUGAAAUGAAAAAGGUGUGAUUCAUAGUCUCAUUCUUCCCACUCUAAUCAGUUAGCAUAUACAGCCCAGAGCACAGACUCUCUACUGGGCCAGAUCUUGGUAGCGAGUGCAAAUUGAUGGCACUGUGCAGAAUCCUCAAUUUGAUUCCAAAUCUAAGCAGUGUGUGUCCAAGGUUUCAGUCACUAAAUCAAUAAGGAAUCGCUUGUUUGGGCUUUGCAAAAAUCCACAUAGUCUGGAAACUUUUCCAGGCGACUGCGCGCAUGACACAUGUGCACAUUUCUAUGAAGGUGAGGGAAGGAUUCCAAUGUUUUGGCUUUGUUCUGCAAAUGUGAAAUAGUAAUAAAUAGGGUCAUGAUUGUGUUCAUAUCAUGGUAGAAUUUACACGGCAUUUCAAUUGCUGCUUUAUUGGCCCCAAAGGGUGGAAGAUAGAAAGCAACUAUGAUGAUAGCAACCUUUGUCAGAAUUCCCAAACUUGCAUGUUAACCUAUCCACAACCCCUCAAAAGCCAGGUUUUAUAAGCAUGGAAUCCCAAAAGAUGUGCACUCAACCUUCUUUUUUAGGGGAAGAGGUAAUUAUUCUUACAUAUCCACCAUUAACAACCUUUUUACUGCCUCUUUUGACCCUACUUCUAAAACCAGAAGAACAAUCUUGGGCCCAGAAGGAUUCCAGAACAGGUAGUUCAUUACUGUUAGUAUGUGUACCAGCUGAACUCACCAGAGAGUGAGAGACCUGGGUUAACGCUCUUAUACAAAUGUUGUCAUACAAAUUCAUGUAGUGUGCCUCGGUUUCUCUGCUGUGUUUCUCUGCUUCUCUCUUUCACACACAGAAAGAAAUCUGAGCAUAUUGUACUAACUUGAAUAGUGGUGUAUUCAGAGUUUGGCUUCAGAGAAAGAAGUCUAACCAACAGGACCAUCCUGAAGAGAUACGCUGCCUGAAGUGAAAGGCAAAGAUAGCUUCCCUUUUCCAAUUUCAUUUAUGGAAGCUGGAUGAACUGGCAGCUGUGGACAGAGUUCUCCACUGUAUCCAAAGGCAACAAUCUAGCUUAGGGGCAAUAGGGCAAAAUGUGCAUAGUUGCAGGACUUAGAAAGUUACUUUUGCCCAUGAAGGUGGCAAUCUGUGGCCCUGUGAUAACAGUGAAAUAUGCAGGACAGGACAUAGAGUUGUGUAAGAAUCAGACUAAAUCGUGAUUGACUACAGCAGAAAGUGGGGUUGGCAUGGCAGCAGGAUAGUGGUAUCGCUCUACAUUCCACCAACCCUUGCUGUCAGAAUGGUCUUCUGUCAGGGUUAGGAAACACCUCAACCUCUUUCAGGGUUAAGAAGCACCUCAACCACCUGAGCCAGGUGCCCAGCAUUUCACUGGGUGACCAGGGUGAAAGAUUCCAGCCAUGCAGGGGCCCUAACCUGAGCUUAGGGCAUGCCAUGGCCAAUCUCUCCCCUUGCCACAGGGGGGCUUCCUUCACUAUUUUGAUCCUGCCUCAUGACAUCUCCACCAAUAUGCAGAAGUCCAACCAUCACCUAGCAAGAGUAAGCCUGAAAUCAUUAAGGGAAUGGUAGAGGGGAAACCAGUCAAGAGGGCAGUUAAGGUUGGGAGAAAAAAUCAUUUCUGGCCCUGUCAACCAGCAACCCAAGUAGCUCAGUGAAAUACUAAUAUUGAGGGAGGGUGGGAUGGGAAGCUCACUAGGGGCAACAUGGCCUAAGCACAUGUGAGUGAAGCCUUUGAAGGCCUUACCCUUUCUCCUUCUCACGAGAUCCCACAGAACGACGCCACCCUGCAAGACCUCAUGAGAGGGCAAUGGAGAUGCCACCCCCAGUGAGCAAAGUCAACCCACACACAGUAGAGCUAGGCUGAACAGUUAUGGAGAAUCCUAGGAACUGCUGCUUGUUAAGGCUGCUAAGAAUUGUAGCUUGGCGUGUGUGUGUCUAUGAGCACCCUUAAACUACAGUUCCCAGGAUCCCCCAUGACUGUUAUCAGUUGUAUAACAGUGCUUUAAAUGAACGGUUUGGAUGUGACCUAGAUUAUGCAAAAAUCAAAUAAGACGAUAGGUGUACAUUCCUCGUCACAAACAACCCCCGUGCCCUGUCAAAUCUGCAUUCAAAUAGAGUUGUGUUUUCAAAGAGGUCAGAAACUACAACCGAUUAUUUGCAGUUACAAAUCAAGCACCCUAAAAUGAACAGUUGAAUCAACUUGUGUCAUUUCAUACCACACACUUUUCAUUUGAGGCGGCUUACACAUUCAGCUCCAAGUUUUCCAGUGAUUAGCCAUCAAGUGAUGUGUUACCGAGCGAUAUGUGUGAGAGACAGCAAGAACAGGCUCUAAACUUUCUCAGCCUGGGUGGCUUCAGGCAUAAGAAUUUGGACUCCUUCUCUUGAAUACAUCAAAACAAAGAUGGAAGGGAUUGAAAGGGAAAUUAGAUGCAUAACAUAAAUUUGCAGAGUUCUGUGUUUGGGGGGAUGGUAACUGCUAUAAUAGAAGAAAACACGUAUUCUGUUAUCGCUCCCAUUGUAUCCUCAUCUGUGUAAUUGUCUUAUUUGAACGCAUAGCAUUAACACAUUUGACUUGCAGUACCAAUCAGGGAUCUGGCUUGUUAAAUAUGCCCAAGGCAUGGCUGCCGCUCAGAGGCUCUGCUUGCAAAAGUUCCCAGAUUCAGUCCCCUACCUCUCCAGGUAGGGUUAGUGUAAAAUCCUGGGGAGCCACUGCCAGUCAUUGUAGACCAGUUAUUUUCAGCCUUGGAACCCCAAAGAUUGUUGGAUUACAAUUUCCAGCAUCCUUGACAAUUGGCUGAGCUGGCUAGGGAUGAUGGGGUUUUUAGUCCAAGUGACAACUGAAGAUCUGAAACUGAAGAACUCAAAUGUAUACAAUGCUGCUCCCACCUUUGAGAGGGUGUGGAGGCACAUUUGUCACAUCCCAACUACUUAUGCCAUAACCUGUGCGAUCUCUGUGCUUCAGGUAGCCAUCUUCUUUUCAGGGGAUGGAGCAUAGAUGCAGUGAGAGCAUCGGAGUUAAGGGUUUGUGCCAAAAGUGAGCUUUGAGGAGAAAGAGUUGGUGCAGCCUCACAAUUCUGUCGUAGCUUCCAUUAGAAAGGAAAAGAGAGAGAUUUAGAUGGUUGAAUGUGGUGCAGCUGGAAGAAGAGAUAAUAUGAGUUCUAGGUCUGAAGGUGGCAGGGAACAAGGCCACAGAGGGCUCUGAAGGAAAGGUUGAGAAAUUUGUGGCAGUUCUGGGAGCAGGCAGGAAGGCAAUUUUAAUGAUGGGCAUGCCCUGGGCUAUAAAAGAAGUGAAUGAUUUUUGUCAGCAGAGUCAAGGUCUGGAGAGAGGUGAGAAUUAAGAUGGGGCAGUGGAAGAGGGCAGAAGAUAGGAGAUACAGAUCAUGAACCUAUUCUAUUCUAUUCUAUUCUAUUCUGUACUGCCAAGAGGACAGGGAAGAGGAAGGGCCUUAUUUUUGCAAUGUUGGAAAAGGAAAAGCAACUUGACCUGGAGGAUGGAGGAGAAUUUUCAGUUCCUGGACUAGUAUACAGAUUGCAAUCUAACACUCUAACACUUCUCUGCCAUUAUCGACUGAAAAUGUACUGGAAUAUGUAAAACUGAAGGAUAGCUAAGGCUAAAAUAUAUUUAGAAAUGCAUACAUUGAGAUAAAAUACACAUUAAAAUAUUUUGUGAUAAAAUAUGCAUUUAAACACAUAUCCAAAUAAUGGAUGUGCAUAUGGAUUAUGAAAAGAGCUUCUUAAGUUCACCCAACUCUCCAUGAUGCAGACUCUUGGAAAUGAAUACUGGCCCUCUCUCAGCCUGGAGCCCUCCAGAUGUUAUUGGACUACAGCUCCCUUCAAUUCUGACAGGUGGCUUUGCUGCAUGAGUCUAAUGGCAGUUGUGGUGGUGUUUUUGCUGCCAUUAUUACUUAAAGUGUUUGUACCCUGCUCUUCAGCCAAAAUGGCUCCCAGAGUGGUUUAUGUACAAUCAGGUAAAACAAGCAGGCAAGCUUACAAUUUAUGUAAAAAUGACACACAAGGGAAAGGAGACAAGGAGGGAAGGGGGGGAAAGCAAACUCAAGUACCAGUUCUUAAAUAGUAGCUCUUAUAAUGACCAACUGGCAUAGAAACAAUUUAGGGUAGGAGUUACCUGAUGGAGCUGGUCUUUUGGCAGACCUGUUGGAACAAGGCCUUCUUCUCAUCUUUCCUGCCGAAGCAGCCUGAUGGAAAAACAUGAAUUGAGUUUGAGGGUGCUGCCCCAAUCAUAGUAGUGUGGUUUAUCAAUGAUCUUUCAAAUCGCAAUUAGUGCAAACUGUGAUUUGAAAGGUGGCUGCAGACUGACUUUUUAGCCCCCAACAAACCAUGGUUUGAGAACUGACUCAGAUCUGGACAUGAAAAUAAACUGUUUUUGUGCCUGAAUCCUGCCAUAAAUAUCAAGAAGGUCACUUGGAGAGGUGGGAUUGUAUAGAAGGGUAGCAUGUUGUUGUUAUUAUUGUUGCCCAACCUGAGACCAUAGAGUGAAGGGUGGGUAAUUAACAAUAACAACGAUACCAGUCAAUAUAAUGUUGGCAGGUUUAGGGAGUGUGAAUGAUGGAAGCCAUAUUGUAAGGAGACAAAGGAGUGCUUGGUGGAGAGACUUUUGAGACAACGAGAAGGAGGAAUAUGUUGCAUGUCACUCCCUGCCAACUCCACACACACACCCCGACCUCCAUGUGUUGGGCAGAAGUUCCCAAGGUGGAGACCACACAUGUUUAGUUGAAUACAGAACUUCUGCUCAAUGUGUGGAAGACUGAGGGGUGAUGGGAUGAGCAGGGGAAGAUGGGAACAGCAGCAUCAAGUGUAGGACUAGGUGCUUGUAGACAAUUUCUGUAUAACCUUCGAAUGUGUGAUACCUAAUUCCUGAAGAAGGCUAUGAAGGAUUCUUAGAGUGGUGGGGUUCAGGGCAGUGAAGCAGUUAGUGUGACUUACUGCUGGCUUCAGAAAGACUUCAUACAAAAGAACCAGGAGUUAGCAGCAGUUGUAAAGCAUGAAUCAACUCAACCCAUUCAAAAUUAAUGUUCCCGAUGUUUCUGGUGAACAGAGUAAUAAGCAUUGCUAUCAAUCCAUCAGUCUUUGGGGUAAGUCUCCCUGCAACCCACUCACCCAACCAAGUGCACACACACACACACACACACACACACACACACACACAGUAUUCAAUACACUUCUGAUACUCUUGCAAACUCCAACAUGGGGAUUUCAUGUAGAUUCCUAAUUACAGACUCCGUUGAUUCUACUACCUGCACAUAUGUAGAGUAGCACGUCUCAUUUGCUAUGAUUUGAGUCUGAAAAUAGUUGAAGAUAUCUGAAUGCAUAUCUUUUCCCUGGUUGUGUUGUCUGGUUGUGAAGAACAGAAAGGCAGAGAGGCAGGCCUAGUGGAAAUGUCAGCUGGCUAAAUUAAUGAGGAACAGAUCUAUCAAGAGGCUGAGUAGCAACUGUUUUGGAUAAGCAACAACAGUGGAGAGGUGUUACCUUCAAACCCUUCUCUGGGCAUUUCCAGAAGUACCUCUUUGAUCACUUUGGAACAAGAUGCUGAACUAGUUGGACAGUUGGUCUGUUCCACUGGGGAUCUCUUAUGGCAGCCUUGGCCAACCUGGUGCCCUUCCAAGGUGUAGGACUACAACUCCCAACAGUCCCAGCUAGCACACCCAUGCUGGUGGGAUUUCAGGACAUAAGGACAUAAGAAGAGCCUCCUGGAUCAGGCUUGUGGCUCAUUUAGCGCUGCUUCCUGUCCUCAUAGUGGCCAACCAGAUGCCCACAAAUGGAAACCCAAGCACAGCAGCACUUUCCCUGCAACUGGGAUUCAGAGACAUUCUGCUUCCAACAGCAGAGGUAGAACACUGCAGUCCUGGCUAGUGGCCAUCGAUAGCCAUCUCCUCCAUGAAUUUUUCUAAUCCUCUUUUAAAGCCAUCCGAAUUGGCAGCCACCACUGGGCAAGUUCCAUACUUUCAACUCUGUGCUGUGUGAGAAAGUCUUGCCUGUCCUGAAUCUCCCAGCAUUCAGCUUCUUUAGAUGACCCCAAGUUCUCGUAGUAUGAGAGAAGGAAAUUUAAUGAUUUUAAAUAGCCACCUGAGUCACCGAAAACCUUAGUGCAACCUCAGACCACCAUUUCUCAUCCUUGAAAGAAAACACAGUGCAGUGCAGGAUCUCUGUUGGGUACCCCUGUAGCUUAUGGUGAGUAAAUAUUGACAAAGUAGUCUAAAGAGCAAACACUUUGACAUUUGUAAUGUCCACUGGAAGAUCUUGUAUAUAUUUAUUCUGGAAGAAUAAGGGCAGCAUACAAAUUUUCCCAAUCUCGCUUCUGCUGUCAUUCUCCUUGUUCUUGCUUCAUGUCAAGAAGUCUUUGCAAUAGUAAUUGGACAUUUGUAGCACAAGUAAUAGAGAUGUUGGAUCUCUGUUAGGGUAAUAUUUCCACAUUGAUUCACCUGAUGUCCCCUCCUAGCUUUUCCCUAUCCAAAAUUAAUUCCUAUUUAAGAAGAAAAAAGAAACUCAGGACUUCAAGUCUUCCAGGAAGCCCUUAUUACUGAUUGUUGACUACUCUUGUACUUCCUAUUACAUACCUAGUAAGUACCUAAUACUUACUAUAAUUAACAAUCACAAUCAUAAUUUAUUACUUGUCCUUCACCCUAAGGUCCCAAGGCAUUGAAACACAAUAUGAAAAACGGUUUAAACAAAAAAAGCAACAAACAUAACCUAAAAAGAAAGAAAACAAAGAAUAAAAACCGUGAACCAUAAAUUUUCCUUGCACUUUUUGUUUUGCUAACAAAUCAACAACAUUAUUUAUUUAUUUGGGGGGGGGGAUAAAAACAGCUUUUUGCAAUAACAAAAAUAAGGUGUGGCAAUUUGUACAAAAUUUAGAAAUUAGAAACUGGGAGCACGGAGGGCUCUAAUGGUUCAUGGCUUACGUUCUGGAAAAAGUAUCAGGAAAUUCAGAACUCCAAAACCCAGAGCAAAAUGAAGAUGUAAAAAGGUUUGAAUGUGUCACUGCUUCUGGGCUCAAAACACCUUCUGCGGUUAAGCCCUCACUCUCAAUGUAAUCCCUGCCUUUCUAAGCAGCCCCAACAUGCAAAUAUGAGCUUUUAAUUUUCUUGUAAUUGAGGCACUUUUGUUGUUGUUGUUUGUGAGAUUUUUUCCUUUAUUGAUGUUUUUAUGUUUUAUUAAAGAUUGGUUCUCAAAAAUGUAAUGAGUAAAAAAAAAUCUGGCUUAAUUUAAAUUGUGAAUCUGUCUGUUAAGAAAUACAUUAGGGGUAGGAGAAGCAUAAGACAUAUUAAUUGACAGACAGGAACUGCUGUCUCUGAGGUUGAUACAAGUAAUUUAUUACUUUAGAAAUGAAUGCCACCUCCAGAAUGUGCUUCAUUAAUUUCAAAUUUAGUUUUAAUUUCAAGCUGUUGCCCCUUGAGAAGAAUAAGGUGGCAAAUUAUGUUCGAAGAGCAGAUUUCUUCCCCCCCCCUUCCCUCUUGCUUGGAAGAAACACUAAAUUUUAACUGUUUAAUUUUAAUAAAUAAAUGUAGUUCUUUGAGUGAAAUAUGCCAGCUGCUGAUAUAUAACAUGAGACCAGCAAUUGCUAACGCCAAUUUUCUCUCUCUGCUUUUCCUUCCUCUUUUUUACCCUGCUAGCUUACGUUUCAGAUGAACUGAAGGCAGCAGCAAUGGCAGAAGAUGAUUUGGAACCUGAUGACAACGUGGUCGAUGGAGAACCUUCUGCCAAAUACGCCUGUCCGGAAAAGGACUUCACUAAGAACUGCCAGAGCUACCAGAACUCUCCAGCUGCCGAGUUUUCCAGCCAUGAGAUGGACAGCGAGUCGCACAUCAGCGAAACCAGUGAUCGCAUGGCCGACUUUGAAAGCAGCUCCAUCAAGAAUGAGGAGGAGAGCAAAGAGGUCUCCAUCCAGCUGGAGGAGUCUGUUGUCUCGGACAGCUUGGAGCAGAUGAAAGCUGUCUACAAUAAUUUCCUCUCCAACUCCUACUGGUCCAAUCUAAACUUGAAUCUCCACCAGCCAACCUCUGAGAAGAACAAUGGGAGUAGCAGCAGCAGCAGCAGUAGCAGCAGCAGCUGUGGGAGCGGCAGCUUUGACUGGCAUCAGACGGCCAUGGCAAAGACGCUGCAGCAGGUCUCACAGAACAGGAUCCUUCCUGAGCCUAGCCUUUUUAGCACAGUCCAGUUGUAUAGACAAAGCAGCAAACUUUAUGGCUCCAUAUUUACUGGGGCCAGUAAAUUCCGCUGUAAAGACUGCAGCGCUGCCUAUGAUACAUUAGUGGAAUUAACGGUGCACAUGAAUGAAACAGGACAUUACCGGGAUGACAACCACGAAACAGAUAACAAUAACCCUAAAAGGUGGUCCAAGCCUCGUAAGCGCUCUUUGCUCGAAAUGGAAGGGAAAGAAGAUGCUCAGAAAGUCUUAAAGUGUAUGUACUGUGGCCAUUCAUUUGAGUCGCUUCAAGACUUGAGUGUGCACAUGAUCAAAACUAAACAUUACCAAAAAGUGCCUCUGAAGGAACCCGUAACCCCUGUAGCAGCAAAAAUAAUCCCAGCCCCAAGAAAGAAAACAUCAUUGGAGCUAGAACUUCCAAGUUCUCCAGACUCCACUGGUGGGACACCAAAAGCAACAAUCUCUGAUGCCAGUGAUGCACUUCAAAAGAAUUCCAAUCCUUACAUCACACCGAAUAAUCGCUAUGGACACCAGAACGGUGCCAGCUAUGCUUGGCAUUUUGAAGCAAGGAAAUCUCAAAUUCUUAAGUGCAUGGAAUGUGGGAGUUCCCAUGAUACUUUGCAGGAGCUCACUGCCCACAUGAUGGUGACAGGACAUUUCAUUAAGGUCACCAACUCUGCCAUGAAGAAAGGGAAGCCUAUCAUAGAGGCCCCUGUCACGCCAACGAUCACGGCUUUGCUUGAUGAGAAAGUACAGUCCGUGCCCCUGGCAGCCACUACCUUCACGUCUCCUUCCAACACGCCCUCUAGCAUCUCCCCAAAAUUAAACAUGGAGGUAAAGAAAGAAGUUGAUAAGGACAGAAUCAUUGCUGAUGAGAAGAUGAAAGACAAGGAAAAAUCAAGUGAGGAUGAGGAAAAAUAUGAUAUCUCCUCAAAAUAUCAUUAUUUGACUGAAAAUGACUUGGAAGAGAGUCCCAAAGGGGGACUGGAUAUCUUGAAAUCUUUAGAAAACACGGUCACGUCAGCUAUUAACAAAGCCCAGAAUGGCACACCCAGUUGGGGUGGCUAUCCCAGUAUUCAUGCUGCCUACCAGCUGCCCAACAUGAUGAAGUUGUCCCUAGGUUCGUCGGGGAAAAGUACUCCUUUGAAGCCAAUGUUUGGAAAUGCUGAAAUAGUAUCACCAACAAAAAGCCAACCUUUGGUGUCCCCGCCCAGCAGUCAGACGUCCCCUGUGCCAAAAACCAACUUCCAUGCCAUGGAAGAGCUGGUCAAGAAAGUAACCGAGAAAGUGGCCAAAGUUGAAGAGAAAAUGAAGGAGCCUGAAGCAGGGAAGUUAUCUCCGAUGAAGAGAGCAACACCUUCGCCAUGUAGCAGUGAAGUCAGCGAGUCCCUCAAGAUGGACACUUCCAAUGACAUUGGGUUCAAAAGCCAACAGAAUAGCCCUGUUUCGCAGAGGGAGAGCUGCAAGGACAGCCCAACAGGAGAACCAGUGGAAAAUGGUAAGGAGCUUGUCAAGACCAUCACAAGUUCCUUGAGCAGCAGCACAGCUAUUAUCACCGACCACCCUCCAGAGCAGCCAUUUGUAAACCCAUUAAGUGCAUUGCAGUCUGUCAUGAAUAUUCAUCUUGGGAAGGCAGCUAAGCCUUCCUUGCCUGCCCUUGACCCAAUGAGCAUGCUUUUUAAAAUGAGCAACAGCCUAGCGGAAAAGGCAGCUGUGGCCACCCCACCUCUGCAGUCCAAGAAGCCAGACCACUUAGACCGUUAUUUUUAUCACGUCAACAAUGACCAGCCCAUAGAUUUGACGAAAGGGAAGAGUGACAAAAGCUGCUCUUUGGGUUCAGCGCUUUUGUCAUCCACAUCGGUGUCUUCAGCAUCCUCUUCAUCUACAGUGACAACAGCAAAGACAUCUGCAGUUGUGUCAUUCAUGUCAAACUCGCCGCUACGCGAGAAUGCCUUGUCAGAUAUCUCUGAUAUGCUGAAGAACCUGACAGAAAGUCACACAUCAAAAUCCUCCACGCCUUCCAGCAUCUCUGAGAAAUCUGACAUUGACGGGACUACAAUAGAGGAACCGGAAGAGGCGACCCCGGCUCAGAAGAGGAAGGGGCGCCAGUCCAACUGGAACCCUCAGCAUUUGCUCAUUCUUCAGGCACAGUUUGCAGCCAGCUUGCGGCAGACAUCGGAGGGGAAAUACAUCAUGUCGGACUUGAGCCCUCAGGAGAGGAUGCACAUUUCCAGGUUUACGGGGCUCUCAAUGACCACUAUUAGCCACUGGCUGGCCAAUGUGAAAUACCAGCUCCGAAGGACAGGGGGGACAAAGUUCCUUAAAAAUUUGGACACUGGGCACCCGGUGUUCUUUUGCAAUGACUGUGCUUCCCAAAUCAGAACUCCUUCGACGUACAUCAGUCACCUUGAAUCACAUCUAGGUUUUAGGCUACGAGACUUGUCCAAACUGUCCAGUGAACAGAUUAACAAUCAGAUAGCACAAACAAAGCCGCCCUCCGAGAAACUGUUGGCACCUUCGCCAGAGGAAGAAAUAGGGACCUCCUACCAGUGUAAACUUUGCAACAGGACUUUUGCAAGCAAGCAUGCCGUUAAGCUCCAUCUCAGUAAAACACACGGGAAGUCUCCAGAGGACCAUCUUCUCUAUGUGUGUGAAUUGGAAAAGCAGUAG